GAAUACCUAGCUAACAUUGCAUUACUGCAGCAAUGCAAAUGGUUGAAAAAAUUUUAAGACAUAUACCUGCGUUGAUUAUCAACACAGUGAUGGUUUUAGGAAAAUAAAAUACAAUAUAAAUAUUGCAAUAUCAAUUAUUGCUUUAUCAAUGUAAAAAAAAAAUUUAACUGUACGACAAGUUUUUCGGACCCUAUAGGUUUGCAGUGUAAAAUAUAAUGUAACACAAGUUAUAUACUCAACUUGUGUGCAAUGCAUUCCAAGCUUCAGCGCUUGAAGCGGAAUUCAACAUAUUGUUACGGCACGGAUUCAGUAAUUGAGCCUUAAUUCGAAUAUUAUAAAGCACAAUUACCAUCACUACUGUUCAAUAUUAAAAUCAUAAGUAACAUAUAAUAACAUAUAAUAAGUUCGAAGAUUUUUUUUAAGAAAUUAAGGAAGGUGAAAUAAGUUUUCUGAAAAUUUGUGAAGAUGACUUCUUUCAAUCCUAAUGAAUCCUUUAUUACAUAUGGAACUUAUAAGCCCAAGGAAAAUAUUGACGAAUUAUUUGAAAGAUUAAAAAAACCUAAAGAAUUAAAGCUGGAACCGCGACUCACGUUUUUGAAAGUAGGAACUGUUUCCAAUGUGAAAGGAUCUGCUUAUAUGGAAUACGGUAACACUAAAGUAAUGGCUCAAAUAGAACCACCCAAAGAAUUGAACAAGCAAUCCAAAAAAAGCGAUCCGUUGGGCGUUAUCGUGUGUAGUGUGAAAUAUGCACCUUUCGCCUUGGAUGACGUUGAAACUAUAAAUCGCAAAGAAAGUUUCAUGAGCGCAGCUCUGAAGAAGGCCUUGGGACCCGUUGUAUGUCUUAACGAAUUUCCCAAUUUCCAGCUGGAAAUUAAGGCUUUAGUUCUAGAUGAUGACGGAUGUGCACUGAGCACUGCCAUUACUUGCUGUGGAGUAGCUUUAAUUGAUGCCGGCAUACCCACCUAUGAUCUGAUAACAGCGUCUACUGUAUGCUUAUUAAAAGAUAUUGAAUUUUUCAACCCCAGCAGUGACAUUGAAGAUUUGCUGCAUAGUUUGCCAUGUAUUACUGAAGCUAAUGGCCUAGAAGAGCAUGGCAUAGUCGUUGUGGCUAGCCUAUCGACUGGAGGCCAAGUAUCUGAAUUCUUCCAAAAAGGUUACAUAAGGUCAGACACUCUAGAGCGUCUAUGUGAACACCUGUUGGUCAUUAAUCAACGCUUGCUGGAUACCGUACGUCAAGUUUUAAUUGAUAAAGUCAAAUAUCACAUCGCCCAAGAACGCGAACAAACCGCUGGGGACAACAACGAUAUUGAAAAUGCCUAAACUAUAACAUUAAAA